GCCAGAUUUGGCAACCCGCAAAUAAACAUUGCCAACGCAAAAUGAGCCUCGCCCGCAGCUCCUCCGCUCUUCGUCUUCACCAGCAAAAGAUUAGGUUUAAGCAGUCAAAUCUCGGUUGUCCAUCACUCUGGUAGUGGCGCUCCGUCAACAAAACAACCUCUAUCGACGAUAUAUUGCUCGUCUUUCCCUGUUGCCGGUGGUUGUUGUUUUAUGUUUAGUCGUCCGGGUGUUGUAGUGUUUCUCAAUCUUCAACAGCAAUGCCAGUCACUCGCGCAGCGGCGUCUAGGGCCGCAGCAACUCCAGAGCUGAUGCCUGAGAUGAACAAAUGCACUGCUGUCGAGCCUUCAAAGAAGUCAACUCGUUCAAGACGGUCCCGAAAGCGGGGCGGCAGGUCUUCUUUGGUCGAAACACCCGCGAAAUCUGAUGAAGGUGGCAAACGCACAAACAGCAGCAUGGAAAACCACGACACCUCUCUCUCUACACCCGUCAAGUCAAGCCCUAUCAUUACCCCUCAGCUAGCUAGAGCGGACGGCUACGAGAGCAGCGACUCGUUCGAAAAAGCAAUCGUAUGGAGCGAAAAGAAAGAGAGGCAACAGCGCCAGCUCCAGCAGGCUGAGAUCACCACGACUGCUCGGGUUCUUAACCCGCAGCGCUCAAACAGGAGUCUAAAGGAAGCCACGGCUCGCAAGAGCUCUAAAGUCACAUAUCCACCCGUGUUGGCAGCGAUUAUGGCGCAGGGUCUAUCAGAUUAUAGCGCCUCGGGUAAUGGCGCCGAAGACAAGGAAAAUCACUCUGCAACCUCAAUUGCGGUAGAGAGUAAAGCGACAACGAAGAUUGAUCAGAAAAAUGCAUAUACAAAGUCUAGUGCACAUCUUGCACAUAGACAGGUUGACAAGGUCAGGCAAAGCAAUCAAACCACCGCACCUGCAACCCCACGGUCGACGAAACCAUCUACAGCAUCUGAGGCAACUUCACAUAAUCGGAGUGGUAUCAAGUCUGUGCCUAAAAAGAAACCUACUCAAGCUGUUCCGUUCUCCUUCGCAACAGACAGGAGAGCGCAGGCAAAGGCAGAACGGAAAGACAGCUCGCCUGCGAAAGAAUCUACAAGACCGGAGUCACCGGCAAAAUCGGUUGCUACACACGGAACGACUGGUACAGCUGGAGGCCCUCCGCUUGUGAAGAAGCGCAGCGCGUUAUUCGAACGGCAGCAAGUUGUCAAGAAGUCGAUCAGCAAUCUAAGCAUGAGAAGUCAGUACUCUGCAAAGCUCGAUAAGAACGAGCAGCCGGCGCAGCAGCCACAGGAAGCGUCCAAGCGGGGCAGCUUUGUUUCGACUGUGUUCAGGCAGCAGAAUAAGCCUGCGCAGACAAAGCCUGAGCCACAGCAGGAGUUGAAUACGAAGGGAUCGCGUCGAUCGCUUCUUUCAUCGCUGUCGUUCCACAACCGAUCAAAAGCUAAUUUACUGAAGAAGAACGCGUCAACGCUUGAUCUGGCUUCAGAUAGUAGACUGCAGAGAUCAAAUCAGACAGUCAAAGGCCAGCAGCAGCAGACGCCAGCAAGACGACCCGCAAGUGUGUAUGGGUUACCAGUGAUGAGCGCGGAGCGAUCAACUGGAAGAUCAACCCCGAACAGAACUACUAGGAGGCUGUCUGUUGUUCCGUCUAGUUCUCCAGCCGGUUCAGAACACUCGAGUCGCGGAUCUCGUUCGAGGCCAGCUUCCACGGUCGCCACCGUUCAUGCGCCCGCAUCUCUCACUUCUCGAUCUGGUACGGCGGAGUCCACAGAGACCGCAGACGUCAAAGCGGCUUCAGUGGUCAGCAAUGAUACCCCAGAAGCAUCCGCAAGCAGCUCAACUCAUCAAGCAGAGAUGACAAACAUCGUCGCAUAUCUUCAGAACGCGAGCAUCUCAGGCCAGCUGUCAGAGUCGCCAUUGGCAGAGCUCGAGAAGCUCAGACAGGUUGCUUCAGAACAGGGGCGCCGGACGGUCGAGAUGUGGGCUGCAAGACAGGCGCGUCCUGAGCGGACGUCGACUAUCGAGCCUGUUCGUGCUUAGUUAGCACAGCGUGGCAAUGGAGUGUUUAUAGGUGUGUGUUUUGGGUGGAGAAUGGCAGAUUGGGUCAUCAUAAUAGUCAUAAUAAUUAAUCAUUGCAAUAAUAAGAUAAGAGUGCAUUUCAUCGAGCAGUGAAGUGAUUACUUAUCAUAUUCAGCUAUCUUACUAAUGCAAUAUUAGAGGGUUCGGGUAUAUGAAUGCGGGCCGCCUCUGUGAAAAUUUGCAUUCAGAUUCCAU